AUGGGAUAUAGAGCGCAUUACCUGGUUUUAGUCAGAACUGUGAAUCAGGAAGCGGCCUGCUUCCCAGUGCAAGCUUCUGGCCUCCAGCUUCCUUUUGUUUCAUGGCUCGAUCAGCCCAAACGCCAGCUCAUGCGGGAAGAGAACCAUCUCCCCCGGCUGUACUCAAGGCAGGGCCUGUUCGGCCUCUCAGUCCAAGUGGUGCCAAAGCAGGAGGAGUUCCUCUACAGUAGACUUCUGCAUGUGGAACUGCCCGCUGGAGCCACUUCCUUGCACAUCUCCUUUAUCCUUCAGAAGAUCUAUUCUUUGUUCUUUCUAGUAUGCACAGAAUUCCUGUCCAGAUUCUACAACUCUCUGAUAGCCAGAAGAGUUACCUUUUCCCUGGACACCAUAGAAAAAGAAUUAAUCAACUUUUGCUUAGAUGUCAAAGGAAAAGAAAACCGUCUGUGCUAUUAUCUGGGAGCCACAAAAGAUGCAGCCACCAAGAUCCUAAGUGAAGUCACCCGCCCCAUGAGUGUGCACAUGCCUUCCGUGAAGAUUUGUGAGAAGCUGAAGAAGAUGGACAGCCAGAUCUGUGACCUGAAAUAUGAAAAGCAACUGGACUUGGCUUCCGUGGAUCUUUGGAAGAUGAGAAUAGCAGAGCUGAAACAGAUUCUGAGCAGCUGGGGGGAAGAGUGCAGGGCCUGUGCGGAAAAAACUGACUACGUGAAUCUGAUCAAAGAACUGGCCCCCAAAUAUGCAGCAGUGCACCCCAAAACAGAUCUGUGACUUGACUGCUGGAACAUGGAUUAUAGCUGAAGAGAGAAGGACGCGCAGGAUGUGAGCAGGUUGGGUCAGCAUGCGCUGGGCCUCUGCCUUUUCAUCUUAGUGUUGUAGCUCAGAAUUUUGUUCGGGUUUUGAGGAAUGGGAUGACUAUUACUGCUACUUUACAUUUGCUGUGCACUAAAAUCUAACAGUGCCUUUCUCAUAAUUUUCUUGUAGGGACUAUGUGAGUUAGUACUGCCUAGCUCCUAAAAUUGCUGAGAGUGAAUUAUUGAAAAUUGACGGAGUAAACCGAUUCUAAGAGUGAGGACAAUGUUCACAAACUCCUCGUUUAUACAGUUUUAAAAUUAAGUACAUUGGACAAAGACAAAAGAAACAAUAGUUAGC